AUGAAUAUAACUGUCCACCCGUCCCAUCAACCCUCCCGUCAUCGCCAUCCACCCGUCCUCGUCAUCCACCCGUCCUCGUCAUCCACCCGUCAUCGUCAUCCACCCGUCCUCGUCAUCCACCCGUCCUCGUCAUCCACCCGUCCUCGUCAUGCACCCGUCCUCGUCAUCCAGCCGUCCUCGUCAUGCACCCGUCCUCGUCAUCCAGCCGUCCUCGUCAUCCACCCGUCCUUGUCAUCCAGCCGUCCUUGUCAUGCACCCGUCCUCGUCAUCCAGCCGUCCUUGUCAUGCACCCGUCCUCGUCAUCCAGCCGUCCUCGUCAUCCAGCCGUCCUCGUCAUGCACCCGUCCUCGUCAUCCACCCGUCCUCGUCAUGCACCCGUCCUCGUCAUGCACCCGUCCUCGUCAUCCAGCCGUCCUUGUCAUGCACCCGUCCUCGUCAUCCACCCGUCCUCGUCAUCCACCCGUCCUCGUCAUCCAGCCGUCCUCGUCAUCCAGCCGUCCUCGUCAUGCACCCGUCCUUGUCAUCCACCCGUCCUCGUCAUCCACCCGUCCUUGUCAUCCAGCCGUCCUCGUCAUGCACCCGUCCUCGUCAUCCACCCGUCCUCGUCAUCCAGCCGUCCUCGUCAUCCACCCGUCCUCGUCAUCCACCCGUCCUCGUCAUCCACCCGUCCUCGUCAUGCACCCGUCCUCGUCAUCCACCCGUCCUCGUCAUCCAGCCGUCCUUGUCAUCCACCCGUCCUUGUCAUGCACCCGUCCUCGUCAUGCACCCGUCCUCGUCAUCCAGCCGUCCUCGUCAUCCACCCGUCCUCGUCAUCCAGCCGUCCUCGUCAUGCACCCGUCCUCGUCAUCCAGCCGUCCUCGUCAUCCACCCGUCCUCGUCAUCCACCCGUCCUCGUCAUCCAGCCGUCCUCGUCAUCCAGCCGUCCUCGUCAUCCACCCGUCCUCGUCAUCCAGCCGUUUCUUGUCAUCCAGCCGUCCUCGUCCAUCCGAGCCGUCCUCGUCAUCGAGCCGUCCUCGUCAUCCAGCCGUCCUCGUCAUCCACCCGUCCUCGUCAUCCACCCGUCCUCGUCAUCCAGCCGUCCUCGUCAUCCACCUCCCAUCAUCCACCCGUCCUCGUCAUCGAGCCGUCCCUCGUCAUCCACCCGUCCUUGUCAUCCACCCGUCAGCCAUUCUCUCCCGUCAUCACCCGCCCCCCCCCAUCCCGCCCAUCCCGUCAUCCCCCCGUCCUCUGUCAUCCACCCGUCCUCGUCAUCCAGCCGUCCUCGUCAUCCAGCAUCCAGCGUCCCGUCAUCCACCCUCGUCCCUCAUCCAGCCGUCCUCGUCAUCCACCCGUCCUUGUCAUCCACCCGUCCUCGUCAUCCACCCGUCCUCGUCAUCCACCCGUCCUCGUCAUCCACCCGUCCUUGUCAUCCAGCCGUCCUCGUCAUCCACCCGUCCUUGUCAUCCAGCCGUCCUCGUCAUCCAGCCGUCCUCGUCAUCCACCCGUCCUUGUCAUCCAGCCGUCCUCGUCAUCCACCCGUCCUCGUCAUCCAACCGUCCUCGUCAUCCACCCGUCCUUGUCAUCCAGCCGUCCUCGUCAUCCACACCGUCCUUGUCAUCCAGUCGUCCUCGUCAUGCACCCGUCCUUGGCAUCCAGCCGUCCUCGUCAUCCACCCGUCCUCGUCAUCCACGUCCUCGUCAUGCACCCGUCUCUUGUCAUCCAGCCGUCCUCGUCAUCCACCCGUCCUCGUCAUCCACCCGUCCUCGUCAACCCGUCCUUGUCAUCCAGCCGUCCUCGUCAUCCAGCCGUCCUUGUCAUCCCAGCCGUCCUCGUCAUCCAGCCGUCCUUGUCAUCCAGCCGUCCUCGUCAUCCAGCCGUCCUUGUCAUCCAGUCGUCUUCGUCAUCCACCCGUCCUCGUCAUGCACCCGUCCUCGUCAUGCACCCGUCCUUGUCCUCCAGUCUCCAUCAUGCACCCGUCCUCGUCAUGCACCCGUCCUUGUCAUCCAGCCGUCCUCGUCAUCCACCCGUCCCAUCAUCCACCCGUCCCUCAAGACCUUGAGCCUUGACGUGUCUCAAUCCCGGAGCCUCUAUUCUAUGAUUGAUAUUCAUACCGACGCUCUGAUUGGCUACAACGAACAGCACGCACGCACGCACGCACGCACGCACGCGCACAUGCGCACACAGGACAUGGAUCACAUGUAG